UUGUCCUUGUCUCUUCCAUAUACGACCCAGACCUUCCCUCAUACCUACUGGUUCCCACCGUUUUCAAUUUUGUUCAACAAGCAAAUAUUACCAGUAAAUAUCUCAGAGAUUUUCUGCGCAAGCAAAAUGUGCCAGAGAUUCCUGAGCGAAUCUCACGAAAUUAAAUGAAAAUUUUUUCUCAUCCGGAAGAUUUCUCUGCUCUGCGACAUAACAGUCCUUUUCGGAUGGUACAAUAUGUGCUUUAAUGAGAGAGAGAGAGAGAGAGAGAGAGAGAGAGGAAUCAGAGGGAUUAUUUCUCUGAGACCCAUAUCGCAAUUUGUUUUCUUCUGACUGGGAAUUCAAUAAAAGAGUGAUCUUUUAUCAGUUUUGAGGGGAGACAGAGAAGGUGUGAGAUGGGUUUUGUUUUAGAGAGAGAAAUGGAGAUGGGUUUAGAUAGAGAAACGUGAAAAAAAAGAAGAAGAAAAGAAAUGGUUUUUUCAUACUCAAAAGAGAUUCACGAGAUAGAGUGUCAGCCGCUGAGGACCCAGUUGGCCGGGCAUCUUUCAUACUACACGCCGCUCCAGAAAGAGAGGCAGUGAAAGAAAGUGUAAAAUUUAGAGAGAGAGAGAGAGAGAGAGCGGGAAGUAAAGGUAUUUUGUGAGUUUCUAAUUGGAGAGAGUAGGCAUUGAGUACUUUUUUGAAUUCAAGGAGGGAUUUACUGCACACCACCGCUCUGUUUCUUCUCUCUCUAGCCUCUCCAGUCAAUAGUUUUAGAGAGAGAGGAGAUGGGGAAAGCAACAAGGUGGUUCAAGGGCUUGUUGGGUAUGAAGAAAGAGAAGGAAUCACCGGAGAUUUCAAGCUCCGGUGACAGGAAAGAUAAAAAGCGGUGGAGCUUCGCUAAGUCGAGUAAGAUACCGUUGAAUAUUCAGGCCAACGCUCCAGCGACCGAAGCUGGUUGGUUGAGAUCUUACAUUUCUGAGUCGGAGAAGGAGCAGAACAAUCACGCAAUUGCCGUGGCCGCGGCGACCGCGGCAGCUGCCGACGCCGCCGUGGCCGCGGCGCAUGCCGCGGUGGCUGUUGUAAGGCUCACUAGCCAAAACAGAGGAAACAGAGGAACUCUGUUUUGUCGUGGGAGUGAGAAGUGGGCUGCAAUCAGGAUUCAGUCUGUUUUUAGAGGUUAUUUGGCCAGAAAAGCCCUUCGAGCACUUAAAGGCCUAGUGAAAAUACAAGCACUUGUUAGGGGCUACCUCGUCCGAAAACGAGCCGCCGCAACUCUCCACAGCAUGCACGCCCUUAUUCGAGCUCAGGCAUCGGUCCGAUCCCAGAGAGCUCUUCGUUUGCUCAACAAAAGUAGCCGAUUCGCCCCCGAAAAUCGUGCUCGAAGAUCCACGGAAAGAUUCGAUGAAACGAGGAGCGAAUUCCAUAGCAAGAGGCUAUCGGUUGAAAAUGCGCUAAACGCUUACGAGGGAAGUCCGAAAAUUGUUGAGGUUGAUACCUACAGGCCUAGAUCAAGAUCAAGGCGAAUCUCGGAUUCCGGUGAAGACUCAUAUUACCAAUACUUCUCUUCCUCUUUCCCAUGUCCUGUUCCCACUCGUAUAUCCGUCCCCGAUUGCAGAAACCUUCACCACUACGAAUGGAGCUUCACGGGCGACGAGUUCAAAUGCUGCACCGCGCAAAGCACCCCUCGCUUCGCCAACUCCACCAGGUCCAACGCGCCGGUAACGCCGGCCAAGAGCUCGUGCGGGGAAGGAUUCUUCCGGUCUUACUCCAACUGCCCCAACUACAUGUCGAACACCCAAUCGUUCAGGGCGAAGGUGAGGUCCCAGAGCGCGCCGAAGCAGAGGCCCGAGCCGGGGUCCAAGAAGAGGCUUUCGCUGAACGAAAUAAUGGAGUCGAGGGCGAGCUUGAGCGGCGUAAGGAUGCAGAGGUCCUGCACUCAAGUUCAAGAGGAUUUAGAAUUUUGAGAAGUUUGGUUUUUCAGCUUGUGUUUGAUAGGAAAUUUGAGAGAUGGUUUGAGGAGGGUGGAUGGAAACAUAGCAGUAGGGUCCUACUAGUAGUUCUUUGAGCCUUUUUCUUUUUUACUCUGUUGUUUAUGGUGGAGAAUCAAUAGGAGGAUAGAACAGAGUGGUUGUUUGUGAAUAUUCUUCCAAUAGUGUCUGAUCAAGUCAAUCAAUGCUUUUAUCAAUGAAAUUAUUGAGAGUUUUUUAAAA